CUAUAUAAGCACACAGUAAAAAAUGCAAAAUCAAAAUGAGAUUUAAUUUGGAACAUUUUGGAAAUACGUCACAUUUGAAAGUUCGCUUGGCUCGUUUUUAUGAGCAAAAAUAGUUUGACUUCUGUACUAGUAUCACUACUCCAAUUUUUCUUAAAAAAAAUAUAUAUAUUAAUAAUCAUAACGAAAAAACUAAUUUUGGAAAGCCUGAAGAUAAAACCCCCCCACCCCUAAAGUAUAUCCAUAUAAGGAGUAAGGUCCUUGCAAGAAUAGCAGUGUCAAUCUGUGCGUGUGUGUGUGAGAAAGGGCUCUAACUGUUGGUUUUCCCCUGGAUUUCUUCCCACAGAUUUGACCACUUCCUCAUCUCUUACACUCGUUUCACUGCGAUUGGCCUGCAGCCAGCCAAUAACAGUUCAAACACACAAAGGUAGUGGGCACUUUCAGUGUAACCACCAGGAAACAGGAAGUCAGGGAAAUUCUAAGAAAUGUUUGUGAGUCACUGUUAAUCGAGCACGCUGAUGCACAACAAGCUACUGAGGCAUCAAAGUGUUAGAUGUUCACACAGUGAUCACACUGUAGAUUUAGAUUUGGUGAUGUCUCCACUCAGCUGGGUCUGUUCAGAAGAGCAAGGCUCUUGUGGCAUGACGACGACUAACAAAGGAAAUAAAGCCUUGAAGGUGAAGCGUGAGCCGGGGGAGAAUGGCACCAGCCUCACAGACGAUGAGCUGGUGACCAUGUCAGUGCGGGAGCUGAACCAGCACCUUCGGGGCCUCUCCAAAGAGGAGAUAAUACAGCUGAAACAGCGACGGCGCACCCUGAAGAACAGGGGCUACGCCGCCAGCUGCCGGGUGAAGCGAGUCACCCAGAAGGAGGAGCUGGAGAAGCAGAAGGCCCAGCUGCAACAGGAGGUGGACAAACUGGCCAAUGAGAACGCUUCAAUGCGCAUCGAGCUGGACGCUCUGAGGUCUAAGUACGAGGCUUUACAGACCUUUGCGAGGACUGUGGCACGGAGCCCCACUGUCGGGGUUGGAGUCAGGGCUGGAGGGGGUGGAGGAGGUGUGGCAUCAUCAGUCAUUGGUCCGCUCAUACCCGGGAAAGUUGCAACGGCGACAAGUGUGAUUACAAUAGUGAAGUCAAAAACAGAUGCACGGUCUUGAGGGAGGGAAAGAUAGAUGGGUUUAUUGGGAUAGAGUUCAGCUGCAUCAGAGUAAUUCUUCUUCUUUGCUGCCCACCCAA